AUGGCUUCCACCGGUACCUUAUCACUAGUGAACUCACAAUCCGCUAGAGAUCCAGAGGUCCAAGUCCAAGCUCGCCCAGUUGACAACAAAUUCCCCUCAAAUUGCGACCCAAGUUUUCAGAACGCACCAGAACUUGCACGCCCGACUUGGACUGCCGUCACUCUCAGCCAUGAGGCCUCUCCAUCUCAACAGGAAUCACACGAAGCGUUCCAUCCUACUAUCGACACAAGUCAUUUAGAUGCAACAGAUUUCAACACUUCCAAUCAUCGGCAUGGCCUACCAUCCAGUCGAUCUUCUAGCUCUCUGGCAUCUUCCUUCAACACAGUCAUACAUUUAAGCUCAAGUACCAUUGCCAAUCCGACCCCUACAUCCCAAGUUGCGCAAGGUUCAUUUCUCGAGUCCAGAUCUGACUCUUCUCAGCUAUUGACAGAACUUGCCGCCAAGACAACCCAUGAAAACUCAUCGGAUUCUAAUCCUGACGAUAUCAAUCAUGCCAACCUUGCCGAUGGCAAAGCUGCCAAGAUUCAAUUUCAUAAUGUGGUCCGCAUCUCAGGCGGGAUCACAUCUAGUCCAAAGCGGAAAAGAGAAAGCAAGCAAGUCAAGCAAGUCCCCAAGAAGAUCACCAUCCACCGUCAUCGCCCGCCAUCGAUUGCUGAACACACAUCAAGCACAUCUCGUUCUCCUACAGGGCGCUCGAGUUUUGGGAACGGGUCGCCAAGCUAUCCCCAUCGCAUGACCUCUCCAAAUCGCGCUUCUACCCCUGACUCACGAUCGACUCUUUCUGGAGAAAUCAGAAGAUUUGAUACCCGAGAUUCCUCCUCAUCACCUGUUAGUCAAUCUUUCCAAACCAACAGACAGAGUACGUUGAGGCCCGGGCCACCUUCUGCGAGAUCAUCUUUCAGUCGCCGGUCUCGCACUGAGUCGACCUCCCCAUCAAACGCCAAUCAGCAACAUGCUCAUGUGGGGUCACAUCCCUCGUUAGCCCUUUCUUUCGCCAGGACAGCCUCGAUGUCGAGCUCCUUUACUGGCUCUGGUACUUACUCAGCAACGAUCAUCUCGAGAUCAAGUUCUCCAGCCAGCAGUCUCUACCUCCCUCUCAGGGUUCCGAUAGUCCGAGCUCCAGCACCCUUCUUCGGCCCGACGGCCGAAAGAGUUGCUCGAGUCAGAGAGCGUCGCCAAGUAGCCCAACGGGAUGCCGAGAGAGCCAAGGGAGGAUGGAAGGCCUGGUGGAAUAACUGGUACUAUCAAUCCGACAGUUUGACCGCUCGAAAGGGAAAGGGCAAGCAAGACUCAACGAGCGCUACGGACGAGAAUAAUAACCAAGGCCACUCGCAUUACCAUUCACAUUCUCUUGAUAACAGCGAUUCAGACGAUGGAUCUUGUUAUCAUGAUGUAAUUCUCGAACAUGAGCGCAAGAAGUUGGAGCGCAAGUUAAGAAGAAUCAAGCAGAUUAGACCGUCGAUCGAUCGAAAGAAUGCACGAUCGGGGUCUUCGACACAUCAGAGCAAGAGGAAGAGACCUAAUCCUGAGAAAGCUGAUUCGAAGGCCUCCCAGUCCUGGCUGUCGUGGGCCUCCAGCAUCAUCGUCGGUUUGCCCCCCUCGCCCGCUCAUCCGCUCCUACCACCACCUCCUGGCUCCGGGAUCUUGCGUCGGCCCAGGCUGACGACGACUUCAAUCUUACCGGGAAAACCAAUCUUACCAAUAGUCAGCGAUCCGACUUACCUUUCCAAUUCAGAUCCCAGGCCGACUGGUUAUCUCAACGUUCCGGAGGUAGAUAGUAGGACACCUUUACUCGCUCGACCUCCACUGGUCUCUAGCUACGGUAAUCUUCCCCCCGAACCUCCUAGCUCCUCGGACCCAUUUCAAUCAUCGUCCUCUCACAUCAAAACUCCGACCGAUGCUAGGUUUGGCUUGGCUCCUCGGAGAUGGUUCACUGUUCGUUGGUGGACUUGGAAGGUUCAAACUAUCUGUCGGACUUGUUACCUUGAACUUAAAUCUAGACUCGUCGGUCUCUUUCAUGUCGAUUGGGAUUCCGAUGAACGAAGGUAUGAGGGAUGGGAAAAUGUCUAA